UAUGGAACUGAAACCAACAGUUGCUUUGAGAGCACUCCUAGCAGGUGGAAUUGCUGUUUUUGCAAAAGUUGGAACCGCCAUGAAGGCCGCUGGUGGCUUAAAAGUAGGUGCCGCUGCAGCUGCUGUAUCCGCUGCCGCAACAGCAGCAGUCUCAGGAGCCAAACAAGAAAGUGAAGCACCCAAACCAAAGUAGCAACUUCCCCAUUCCUUGCCUUUCAGAAUAAAGAGAAUAUGACUUAAGAGUAAUGUACUCAUGCCAAGAAACCUACUAGCAAAGUGGAUGGUCAUUACUGGCCCUGUGUUGCUUUCCAACUUGUUUUGGGUUUGCACAUGAAAAUUUUGAUUAUUAGAUCACGAUCCAACCAUUUAAAAGAAUCACCGUUUUGUGGCUGCAUUCUGAUAUGUACCAUCAAAAAUGUUGUGUAGAAUCAAGUUCUGCAUGGAAUUUUUCUGUCA